AUGGCUCUAGCUUCUCUGGUGGACUGGAGGGCGGACACAUGGGCAGCAAUGCUGAGGCAUGACUCUGAGAUAUUUGGCGUGUUCAAGUGUUGCAUGAGCCCUCCAGCCUUGGAGGACUUGCCAAUGAGUGGAUGGAUAAUGGGAGUCUGGGGGAUGACGGGUGUCUACGGCAGUAUUAUUGUGGCAUGGAAGAAGAGUCUGCAAGCAGUGGUGCUAUCCGAUUCCUCAGCGCACAGCGAUAAUGACUUGGGGAUCGUGACUCCACUUGUCGAGCCUCAGGUUGACUCACCUUCGGGGCCCUGGUGUACCAAGGGUCCCAAUGCUGGAAAGGGUGGAACAGCCUCUCAGUUAAGGAAGUUUGUUAUACCUGAUGGAGAGCUGGAGAACAUCAUGGCACCGUCUCCAGUGAAAAAGAGAACUUGCAAGAAAGGUCAAAAAACAGCUGUACCAGCAGUUCAGACACCAGAUCGAUCAGAUGGUGCAGGUUCUGCACCUACUCUGCACGUUGGAGAGAAUGGUGAAAGGUUUGGAUUACAGAAGAACCCCAUUCCUCCAGGUUAUGUUGGUUUGCAGCCUUUGGGAUGGGAGCAUCCUUCUACCAUCCCACGCCCAAAGCCAUCCGACCUGGUUCUAUCUCAGAACAUGAAGAAACCAAACAUCACAGCGACAAGGAUAUGUCUGAGACACACAGAUGAGAAUCAGGAUAUCGACCACACCCAGUGCCAUCAAGGUCAGGCAGAACGAUGGGUCGGCCGCCCUGUGCAUGCAUCUCAAAAGGACUAUGGGCGGAACAGGCGUGAAGAUCCUGGUAAACAGAGCCAACCACAAGCUCGCUCCAAUGCAAUUGUGGAAGUGGUUCAUCAUAUCCAUCAGCCUAAUGUGGAUUAUGAUGUCAUCAAAUGGCAUCAGAAGACUGACUGUCGUGCUCAUUCUCCAUCACCGACGCACUUGCAUUCAGUAUGCUAUUCUGGCUUCACUGUCAACCAGCCAAAAACCAAGUGUGCUCACACCAGCAAUCUCCAGUCAAACAAUGAUUGUCAAGCGGCUGGGGACUCUGGUGACAUGAAAGUUGAUACUGAUUUGGAGGUCCGACACACCAGUGUUGGGUGCUGCAUGAAGGCAGCAAAGAAUCUUUGGGUCAAACUGCUGAAUUAUACCAAGGCCUGCUUUAGGUUGCAUCUUUCCAUCACAGACCCAUUCCCCACAUGCGACGAAGCCCUUAGUGACACUGGUAUAUGCCUGGAAUUAAUCACGGAAUCAAUUGUAGCUUGGGAGGCACAAAACCGCCGUAUUGAAGCAGAUUUCUAUCCCCAGUAUGAGUAUGACAUGGCCACUGUCAUUUACAAUGAUUCCAUCAACUUUCACAGUAGGAUCAAGCAAAUCACAAUUAAUGUUGUUCCUGUGGAGUACAAGCUGUGCAGUAGCAAGACAUUCUAUGACGGUGGUUUGAAAUAUUUACGACAAUUUCCCGAAUUUCAUCACACCAUCCCUCGCAAAGCCCUUCUCCUGGUCACGACCAUUGUUCACAAUGUUAUUCACAUCUACUCAAUGUAUGGCCAUGUGAACACAAAGCAAACAACCUUGGGAGAUUCUGAAAAGGUGUACUGGAAACUAACGAAUAUGCUCAAGCAGGUCACAGAUGAUGAAUGUCAUUGCGAGAAGCUUGAUGAUAAGCUCCAAUCUUGGGCUGUGGCUGGCAUGACCAGGGUUGUUGUUGAUGGCAAACCUCAAGGCAUCGAGAGUGAUUCCAACUGGGUGGUCAAACUCAAUUGA